AUGAUAAAUGAUUCACCUAUAGUAGAUAGUGUUGGCGAUGAUGAUGAUAUAAAUGAUUAUAAUAUGUAUCCUGUUUCCACCACACCUGUAAUAAUAGCAGUAAAACAAGUUAUAACUACCGAUACGAGUGCUCCCAAAAUAGCUCUUGAUAACGAUAUCGAUGGUUAUAAUAAUUAUGGAAAUUAUAAGAAAGAUGGAAGCGACACUACUAUCGCAUCUUCUUCAACUACUCCUACCUCUUCUUAA